UCAAGAGUGGUUACUCAUCAUAGUGAUUUUAUAAAUACUAACAAACUGGCAGUGCUACUCUUUCAUAUAGAAUAGUCGGUCCUCCUAUGGCAUCCCAACAACUUGAGUCCAAAUGGGAAGGCAAAUCCAUUGCCAAUCUAAAACUUGGAAAAGCUGAACAAGUAUGGCCUAUCCUUGAAGAUUUCUUCAACAUCCACGAAUGGCUACCUACCAUUGACACUUGUUACCAACUUAAUAAUAAUACUGAUGGACUUAUCCGCUAUUGUGCUAGCACGGCGCCCCCAUCAUCAUCAGACGAUGGAGAAGCGAUCAUCAAGUGGUGUCACGAGAGGUUGUUGACCAUGGACAAGAUGGAACGUUAUCUAAGCUAUGAAGCGUUAGAAAAUAAUAUAGGAAUCAGGUCAUAUGUAGCUACGUUUAAAGUAUUGUCAUCAGACAACGAUGGUGGUGAUGAUGAGGAGGAGGAGGAGGGCGGGUGCCAGAUUGAAUGGUCGUUCGUUGCUGAUCCAAUCGAUGGGUUGACUUUGGAAUGUUUUUCUGGUUACAUUGACUCUACCCUACAAAGCAUGGCUGAAAAAAUUGAGAAAGCUUUGGAAUGUGAUUUUGCGAGAUCUAAUUAACAAGCAAGCAUGUUAAAUAUGAUAGAGUCUGAUUCUGUAAUAAUGUUUCACUUGGACAGGUAACUAGCGUUUCAUUUUGAGAAAUGGAUAGUUCCCUAGUUUGCUUAUUGUUACUUCCACUGUUUCAUUUCAAUUUGUUUAUGUGACAUAUUUUUAUUUUUAGUUAGUUCUAAAAAAAUCACACUUUUCUAUUUUAAAAUCAUCUAAUUUUCAAUUUUUGAUUAUAUAUCACUUGUUUUAAACGAAAGUUUUAUGUCCAAUCACAAAUAUCAACGAAAAUGUUGAUGAGACGUGAAUUUGGGACUAGACUUACACGACAUCAA